CGUGAUCUCAUUUUUCCUUUUCCGAAACCGACACCCACUGGAAGUUCCGUCCAAUAUGCCUUUCUUCCUCGCUGGCGACGAGCUCGGGACGAUCAGGUCGAUCAAAUAUCAAGCAGGAUCGCCGCUGGAGUCUGAAGUGCUGAAUACCUCGACGUCGGGCUCCGCUGUUUCUUCGAUCUCCGUGGCCUCAUCUUCAAAAAUUGUUACGGCAGCCUACGCGGACGGCUCCCUUGGGUCGUUUGUACUCGAAGAUGAGAAAUUGGAACCCACCAGCCAGUGGAAAGAAACGCGUAUCAAAUCAGGACAGACGUUUGUCGGCUUGAAGACGACCGACAAGUGCAGAGGGACAUACUCCUGCACAUCAAACGGUGCAUUGCGCCUGGCUUCACUGGAAACACCCGGGACGGAGGCUAGGCUGGCGUCAUUGCCCUCACGGUUAUGCGACUGGAAACUUUCGACCGAUCAGUCCACAUUCUCUUACGGCGGAGACGAGGUGGAGCUCUCCGUCUGGGAUACCGAGAAGGCUUUCUCUCCCACAGAAAAGCUGGAUGCCAGCAAGCGGAAGCGGGACUCAUUAUUCCCUGGGGAGAUCUGGAGAGCGAAAAAUGUCUCGAACGACGGGUUGGGGCUCCGACAGCCCGUCAAAAUCACCUCUCUGGCGUAUCUUUCGACCACCUCACCUAGGCAAAACAUCGUCACCGGGACCCAACUCGGAGAUGUCCGAAUGUACGACACUCGAGCGAGGAAACCAGUCACGAACUGGAAAGGAAUCGCUAAAGUGGGCGGCGUCAAGCUCGUUGAGAAAGGUUCAGUUGAAAAGUGGGUGGUCUCAGCUUGUUCACUCAAAAUGUCACCAAUGCGCCUCAUCAGCGAGAUCUUUGUUGGCGAUCACGGCUGUAAUCUUGCAUCGGUAGAUCUAAGAAAUGGGCGGAUACUGUACUCAUACAAAGGAAUGUCGGGUGCGGUGACAUCCGUGGCAGUGGCUCCCUCCCUGCUCGUUUCGUCUGCUCUCGAUCGUUACUGUCGCAUCCACACAACAGCUCCUCCGCCGACUCAGCCGGGUCAGAAUCAGGAGACAAAAGGCUCAGUCGUCGACAAAGUGUUCCUGCCGAGUAUCCCGACGGUCGUCGCUUGGAAUGGCAUCAGUGAUGGGCCGCUGUCCCCAGGGUCUGAGACGGAACAUGCAGAAGAGGACGAUGUUUGGGAAGGAAUGCAGGAUGUCGAGGACAGCGCAGACGAGGCUGAAGCUGGGGGGCGGAAGAGACGUAGGACAGCUAUCUGAGAUACAUUCUGAUCACUCGGUGCUUUGUUGCUCAGCAACAACUGAGUCUAGAGCACAACAUAUUAGAGUGAUAAGAACAUAUAAAUAAGUAUCUGUAAGUAGGAGAAAGCGAGGAUGGUAU